AUGAAAAAGGCUGAACCCGUUCAGUCCAUUUUAAAAAAUGGUGAAUGUAAGAUACAGCUUUUAAGCAAGCGUGAAGAUGGCUGCUUUAAUGCUGGGGGGAAAGUUGAAGCAAUUGUGAGAUUACAACUAGAAGAGCCGCUGGAAGUAAGAGGUUUGGUAGCCAAACUUCAUGGUUAUGCUAAGACUGACUGGAGAGAGUCUGUGGGUCCUAAUAGUUUCAAACGAGGCGGGAGACAGGAAAUAGUCAACUUAGAAAACAAACUGUUUAUGGCGAUGUCCUCGGGUGUUAAGACCUACGGCAUUGGUCCCCACGAGUUUCGUGUCAAGUUUGACCUCCCAAGAGAUAUCCCAUCAUCCUUCGAAGGGACAAAUGGGUUCAUUAGGUACAUACUGUAUGUUCUGGCAAGGACGGACGCAAAGACAGAAAUGUUGGAUCCGAAGAACGUCCAUGUUAUCUGUCCUUUAGAUCUCAAUAUGGAUCCUAUCAACGGGAUGCCUUGGAGCCGAUCGGAGAGUAAAGAUGUUGGAUUAUUCCCAUGUAUAGCGGGCAAAGUCAGCAUGUCAUUCCAGGUAGACAAGAGAGGGUACUGUCCAGGGGAGACAAUCAUGUUGUUUGGACAAAUUCACAACAAUUCAAAGAUGAUUAUAACCGCAAGCAAGUGUUCGAUUGUACAGAGGAUUCGAUACAUGCAAGAUAAAUGGCAUGACUAUGUAGAAAAGAAGAUCGUUGUGAGUGUCAAACACGACCCUACCCUACCAGGUUGUACUGACUCCUGGAACGGCGAGGAGCUGAAGAUACCUCCUGACAUCACCACCAAUCUUGAUAACUGCAAGCUUAUACAAGUCAAGUACAUUCUGAAGGUUGAGGUGAAAUUGAGGUUUGCUAAAACCUAUGAGCUACUAAAUGUUAUUUUAAGGAUGGGGAACAUUCCAGCAACAAAAGCGUCCAGAA